UUUAAAACAAAGUCUAAUUUGACAUUUGAACUCAAUGUCAGCGCUACCUCAAAAUUUUACCUUUGCUUACUUUACUUUUUUAUAAAAAUGGAUAAAAAGGAUUGUGACUCAAAGUUUUCCUUGUUAUCGUUGUUUAAUUUAUUUAAAUUAGGUCUUUUUGAUACUAUUUACGCUAAAGGUCCCGCUAGUGAAAUCCACUCUCCUCGGAAAGAACAUUGGCAGCAUUCUGGAUCGCCACGGAAACCUUCCUCAUCUGCAUGUUCCACUGUGGGUGUUCAAAAAGACCCGUGUGCCGAUAAAUCUGCCGGUGGUGAUGCACCCCACAACAAAGUGUGCAAAUGUAAGGGGCCUGAUGGCAAGAACACAGCUGGUGACCGAGGGAAAACUGGAGCAGGAGUAACAGGUUCCAGGGCGGGACGAACUUGUGAGAAGGAAUCUGACAAUCUACCGGCGGGUGCAAUCAAUCCAGGGCUUCUGCGGCACAUUCACAACGCAGCUCGAUAUAGACUACCGCAAUGUUUCGAAGGAGGCAGUGUAUCAGUAAAACAUAGUUCGAAAUCCAACUGGGUGUUUGGCCAUUCUCUUUCAUUCAGUUCUGUGUCGCCAGGAGGAUAUAAGGUGUUAUUGUCUUACGUAGAUAAAGAGAAACCAACUUCGUUGCCAUAUUUUGUAAUGGAAGCGGCGCCCGGUGGCCAAAUGAGCUGCGAGAUGCGGGUAGGCCCCACCCACGGCACGAGGGCAACAGUGGUUGCACAGAUAGCCGAAGGAGAAUUCUAUAGUUUCGAGAGCAUCAUGGAUGCGUACUGUAACAGGUUUACCGCGUCUAUAAUCGCUGUGAACAGAGAGUUUAUUGCACUCCAUUAUCUUCAGGCUGUAACUGAUCAAUUGUCUCUGGGCGCGGAGGUGGUGGCUCGCGGACAGGUCGCGGAGGUGAGCUCUGCGUCGGGCGCCGGCCGCUGGGUCACCGAGAAUCACUCCAUCAGUGCAACACUCGGCAACAGGGGCUUGGACCUUUGUUACGCAAGAAAUAUCAAACCCUUCCUCACAGUUGCUGCAAUGCUUGAGGUGGGUUUCGCAAUCCGACGCGCGGUAGCAACACUGGCCUAUGAGUGGCACACAGAAGAGUGGACGGUGCGAGGCUCAGCAGACUCGGACGGACUAGUGGGAGCCACUCUACAGAGGAAACUCGGAGGAAAGAGGGCACAACUUGCUUGCGCCAUAUCAGCACUUCUCAACCAUCCUAACGAUAAGUUCAGGCUCGGCUUUGGAAUCACCGCUGCGAUUGUUUAGAACUUAGCAACCAUUGUAUCGAUAUACUGGGCUACGCAAACUGUCUGCUUUCUCGGCUGCUCAUCAAACAAGUAUCAUUUUUAAAUGUAACUCACAUAUUUAUGUCGUUGUCGCAUCUUCACAGAUGGACGAAAACACACGACGAUGAGAUAGUGAGGUUUCAUUAAUUUGAGGAUGGUCUAUUGCAGUAGUCUCGCGACCUCAUUGUAUCCAUGCCCUUUUUCGAGUAAUGAGAAAUCUGCUUAAGUUUGUAAAUGUUUCGUAUUGUGAUGUAUUGUAGCCAUGUAGGUCCCAGUGGUGUUAUGGUGUAUAAGUCUAUGUAUAAUGUAUUGUUCGAGCGUCUUUUAUUGUCAUCAUGGAUGUCGGCAAAAAUACCUACAUGCUUAGGUAUUUUUAUUUGGUUCUUACAAUUAUUUAACUUCUGCCUGUAUCAAUUUUUCGACAGAAGUGCUUUCUGGCCUGUACUUUACACUGAUCAGUGGAUUUCGACCACAAAUGCCUUAGUGUAGGAGAGAUUUAACAUUAAAUGUUUUGAUGUGUUUUAGCAAUCUAAUCGAAACACAACUUAUAACAUACGUCUUAUAGAUAUUUACUUAAUAUUGGUAUUAUCUAUAAUAUUUAUAUUGUUUGUAGUAAAUAGGUUUUAUUUGCAAAUGACUGGUUUUUUAUUUGGCUCAUCAAUGUUUUAGCUUCUUUUAAAUAUACUUCAAGACUUCUAUACCCGUUUUUGUAAAUAUUUUUAUCAAUAUACAUACUUUUCAUGAUGCAA